AUGGCCAAGACAAAGCAAGAUACACCCGAAGGUUGCGCUUCGCUCGACAAAGACUUCCGGGAACUGAUUUCUGCCAAACAGGGCAACGAAGAUGAGAAGGAAGACUGUCAUUGGUGCCAAUUACGGUCCUUCACAACACACAAAGCGGCACCCAUCACCGUCGUAAAUGAAAUAGACGGCCAAACUUUACCCCAAAAUUUUCGUUUCAUUAACGGCGUCGUACUCGGUGCUGGCGUCUCAGCAGCUGAUCUCAGCUUUCGAAGCGGCUGCACUUGUGGUCAGGACGAAGACUGUCAAUACUCGGGCUGUCUAUGUCUCGCGGAUCUCGAUCAAGACGAAGCCAGUGACGAUUCAGCUGAUGACUACAGUGAAUUUGAUACCGCCGCCGCGGCGGCGCCAUUACUGGCACGCAAGAAGGCAUAUGCCUACCACAUUCACGGAAGCAAAGCUGGUUUACUACGGUCAAAACUCUAUACGUCCAAGCUGCCACUAUAUGAAUGCCACCAAGGCUGUGCCUGCUCCUCGGACUGUCCGAACCGAGUAGUCGAACGUGGCCGCACCGUGCCGCUACAGAUCUUUCGUACGCAAGAUCGUGGGUGGGGCGUACGGACUCAAGAGUCAAUCAAAAAGGGUCAGUUUGUGGACCGUUAUCUCGGCGAGGUCAUCACGUCCGCCGAAGCUGAUCGACGUCGAGCUGCCUCAGUAGUAUAUCGCAGGAAAGAUGUAUAUCUCUUCGCCCUGGACAAAUUCACGGAUCCUCGGUCGUUGGAUGGCCGACUAAAGGGACCUCCGCUUGAAGUGGACGGGGAAUUCAUGUCGGGGCCAACCCGAUUCAUAAAUCACUCCUGCGACCCAAAUCUGCGGAUUUUUGCCCGUGUUGGGGAUCACGCAGACAAGCAUAUACAUGAUUUGGCCCUCUUUGCUAUAAAAGACAUUCAAAAAGGCGAGGAGUUGACAUUUGAUUACGUAGACGGGGCAAGUGGAGACUCUGAAGAUCUGGAUGGCAAAAUGGAAGACAUGACAAAGUGUCUGUGUGGCAGCUCGAAAUGUAGGAGGUUCUUGUGGUAG